AUGAGUAGAAGAAGACCUCACGAUGAUGACGAUGGAUACGAGCGCGUUUACAAGAAACGCAGACGCGUAUCAGAAAAUCAGGAGAUUGAGGAUCGCCUCGAGUCUCUUAUUCUGCGAGUGGGUGAAAAGUCUACUUCAUCCCUAGAAAGUAAUUUGGAAGGAUUGGCUUCAGUAUUAGAAGCCGAUUUGGGACUAUUUCGCGGCAAAAUAUUGCGAAUCUUGACUGAGUGUGCGAUUAAGAUGCCAGAAAAGUGCACAAUUUACACGACACUGGUUGGACUUCUGAAUGCAAAGAAUUUCAAUUUCGGUGGAGAAUUCGUCGACUACAUGGUGAAAAAUUUUAAAGAUGCUUUAAAAGCUGGAAAAUGGGACGUGGCGAGAUAUUCACUCAGGUUCUUAGCAGAUUUGGUCAACUGCCAUGUACUUUCUUGUGGAUCCCUAAUGCAAUUAUUCGACAGUAUGCUUGAUGCUGCGAAUGAGGACAGUGUACCUCAAGUCAGACGUGAUUGGUACGUCUUUGCCGUUCUCUCAACACUUCCCUGGGUAGGGAGGGAACUCUACGAAAAGAAGGAGCAGGAAUUGGACCACUUGAUGGUGACAAUAGAGGUUUUCCUGAACAAACGUAGCAAGAAGCAUCAGCCGGCUCUCAGAGUUUGGUCGAGUGACACACCUCAUCCACAAGAAGAAUAUUUGGAUUGCUUGUGGGCACAAGUGAGGAAACUGAGGCAGGAUAAUUGGGCUGAGAAGCACAUUCCGAGACCUUAUCUAGCAUUUGAUUCCAUUUUAUGUGAAGCCUUGCAACACAACUUGCCGACAUUGAUUCCUCCACCUCAUCAUGAAUCGUAUGUGUAUCCUCUGCCGUACGUUGUCUUUCGGAUGUUUGACUACACGGAUUGUCCCGCUGAAGGUCCACUUUUGCCUGGAAGUCAUGCGAUAGAAAGAUUCCUGAUUGAAGAACACUUGAGACAAAUCAUUGAUACUUACUUCUUCGAAAGAAAAGAUUGCGCUGCGCACUUGUUGAACUUCCCAUACAAGCUGAAGAUCCCUCUGGAUUAUUGCAUAGUGGAAGUGAUGUUUGGAGAAUUAUUUAGACUUCCAACAUCAAAGCAUCUCGAGAUUGCCUAUGGCUCGAUUUUAAUCGAGCUUUGUAAACUUCAGCCUUCGACAAUGCCACAGGUAUUGGCUCAAGCAACCGAAAUUCUAUUCCGGCGAAUUGACAGCAUGGCCGCUACAGCUUUCGAUCGGUUUGUCUGGUGGUUUGCUUACCACUUGAGCAACUUCCAGUUUCGUUGGUCGUGGGAAGACUGGGACUCAUGCCUGCAACGGGAGACGGAACAUCCUCGUCCAAAAUUCAUCCGAGAAGUGCUUCUGAAGGCUUUACGGCUGUCGUACUUCCAAAGAAUUCGAGACAUGAUGCCAGAAUCGUAUGGUGAACUGAUACCGGAACCUCCAGAACCGAUUUAUAAGUACACGGCAGAAGGUGCAAAUGCUCUUCCUGGAACAGCGGCUGCUCACGAGCUUGUGGUUGCCAUCAGAAGAAAGUGCACGCCAGAAGAAGUUCUGACUGUCCUCAACACUUUGCCUGGAAUCGGAGAAGAAGAAACAUUUAAUCCGCUCAAGAUUGACGUUUUUGUUCAAACUUUAUUGAAUCUCGGAUCGAAAAGCUUCAGUCACAGUUUCGCUGCCAUCGGCAAAUUCCACUAUGUUUUCAAAGUUCUUGCUGAAACGGAAGAAGCUCAGAUCUGCAUUUUGCGAAACAUGUACGCUCUCUGGAGGAAUCAUUAUCAAAUGAUGGUAGUUUUAACUGAUAAACUUCUGAAAACUGGGAUCAUCGAAUGCAGUGCGAUCGCUAAUUGGAUAUUCUCCAAGGAGAUGGCGUCGGAAUUCACAAAGCUCUACAUUUGGGAGAUUCUUCACUUGACGAUAUUGAAGAAGAACAAGCAUGUCAUCAAAUUGAGCAAAGAACUCGUUGAUGCUCGAGAAAAACUACGAAGAGCAGAAAGCAGGUCUGGAUCUUCUUCAGAAGACGAGGACAACAACAAAGAUAAAAGUGGAGAAAGACCAUCGGAAGAUGUUGUGGAACGCAUGGAAGAAAAACUCGAAGCUGCCCAAGCAGAUCAGAAGAAUCUGUUUCUUAUCAUCUUCCAACGUUUCAUCAUGAUCCUUUCGGAACAUUUGGUUCGCUGCGACACUGAUGGCGUCGAUUAUAACACGCAUUGGUAUCGGUGGACAAUUGGUCGUCUUCAGCAAGUAUUUUUACUGCAUCACGAGCAAGUUCAAAAGUACUCGUCGACAUUGGAAACUCUGCUCUUCACUUCAGAUCUCGAUCCUCAUAUUCUCGACGUUUUCCAUCAAUUCGUCUCACUAAGAGCGUGAAUUAGUUUGUAUCACGUUCUGUCCUUUAAAAGUCGACUGACCAAAACGCUUCUGCAAAAUAAAACUGCAGUUAAGUUGCGUGAUAGCUUUGUUAUCUUUACUAUUUUAUCUGGGCUGCUACGUUUUAUUUGCGAGCUUGGAAGCGAUUUUGGUUCGCACCUUGUAUUUACCGAUGCGAUUCAGUAUCACGAACAAUCACAGUUAUUUUAAAAGAAUUACAUUGAAUUGUCAGCAUCGCAUGAAAUUACGGUCAUCGGUGCAGAUUAUUUAUUUCUUUCGUUGGUCUGCGUUUUGAAAUAUCUUCAAGAAUUUUAAUGUACAAGAUGUAAGUUUCUUUGCAGAUAGGUCAAGUAUUUUCUUGUCUAAUAUAAACUUCGGGUACAUGUUUUUGUAAACGAGAUGAUUUUUUAAUGAAGCUUAGUUUCUUCUUUUUCGUGGUAAGCGUUGCCUUUGAAAUGCAAACAGAUUAAAUGCGAGUUUGUGGCUUGCCAUAUUAGGUAUUAUUGUGCAAAGUACCUACAAAGAAAACAGUAAUUUUCUGAAUAUCUGCAGUCUAUCAUUAAAUUAAACAUUUUUCGACACUUCAUCUGUACAUAUUUAUUCUUAUGUGCAUAUGUAUAUAUGUUUCUUUGUGAAUAAAUUCUUCAUAAACUCAUAUUA